UAAGGGGACAGAACAGACAUACGAACAACAUCGUGCAGUUGCUUAAGUAAAACUUCACUAACAUUUGCAAAGAGGUCAUAGAUGCGAAAGUAAAGAAUGUUGUUUUGUCUGAAGAAUUAGUAUACCGCGACUCAGGAAAGUAACCAGGAAGUAAGGGCAGGGCGUCACUGUCCACCAUCCUGUCUCUGCCCCUGCGAUGUCCAAAGACACAUUUGCUUUCACCUCGGCCACUUUGCGCUCACUGCGGCUCGAGCAGGAGCUCCAGGACUGGGAGGACGCGCGCCGGGCUUUGGCACAUCGGAGGACACUGACAAGGAUGCCCCUGCCGUCCGCCCCCAGGCCCCCGGAACGCCACCGGCACCAGCCGGCCCCCGCGGCCCGGAGGCCCCCGAGUUGCCGGGACCCCGCCGUCCACAACACCUUCAUGUGCGGUGACAUCACCAGAGUGUACGCCGUCCUCCAGGACCCGUCCAUGGUCAACGCCCUGAUGGAGACGGUGCAGGAAGAGAUGGUGUGGGCGCCGGAGAUGGGAAUGUGGACCCUCACCUCGAAGACGAAGCAGACGUCUCCCCUGCGCCUGGCGGCCGGCCGCGGCCACUCGGCGUGCGUGGAGGAGCUGCUGUUCCGCGGCGCGGAGGUGGACGCCAGCCCCGGCGGCAGCACCGCCCUGCACGACGCCUGUGUGGGCGGGCACUCGGCCUGCGUGCAGCUGCUGCUGUCCCACGGCGCAGACCCCGACCUUCUCGCUGCCGACGGCAACGCGGCCCUGCACCUCUGCCGCUCUGCGCAGAGCUUCCCGUGUGCUGAGCUGCUGCUGACGGCGGGCGGGGCGUCGGUGAACACGUGCUCCCGGGACGCGAAGCUCACGCCGCUGCACGUGGCGGCGCGGCGGGGGCUGGAGGAGCACGUGGCGCUCCUCCUCUCGCACGGCGCCGACGUGGCGGCGCGCAACCGCGAGGGCGAGACGCCGCUGAACGCCGCCUGCGCGGGGGCGGAGCGGCCGGCCGAGGCGGGGCGCUACCUCCGGGUGGUGCAGAGGCUGCUGGGAGCCGGGGCGGACCCCCGCACGGCCGGCAGGAAGCGGCACACCCCGCUGCACAACGCCUGUGGGAACUGCUGCCCGCGCAUCGUUGACGUGCUCCUGCAGCACGGCGCCCGCGCAGACGCAGAAAACUGCGCAGGAUACACGCCCAUGGACUGCCUGCUGCAGGUGGUGGAGGACUUCCCAGACCAGCGGCCGGAAGAUGUGGCACGUGUCCUCCUCAACCACGGGGCACAGCCCGCCUCACCCAAGAUGCUGAAGCUGUGCUGUCUCUCUCCCCUGACACUGGAGGUGAUGCUGAAUUCCUACCACGCUGUGCCUCCAUGCGAAGACUGGAUAGACUCGGUGCCCACGGAGCUCCUGAAGGAGCACCACACUUUCUUUGAGUCUGUGCAGCGUUUGAGUGGCCAGCCACGUUCCCUGCAGCACCUCUGUCGGUGUUCCCUGCGCCGCCACCUGGGGGCGCUGUGCCAGUCUGCCAUAACCAAGCUGGACAUUCCCACCUCCCUCAAGGACUACUUGCUGCUGGCCACAGAGGGACAGCUACGAUGAGGGUGGGGAAUUCUGACAGGCUGACUGGAGUGGGCCAGCCACUCACUCUAACACAAGAUAUAAAGCUGACCUGUAAUAGAAAAGAGGAAUUUGAUUGAUGAGGGAUUUCCAGUUUGGCACAGUGGAUAAAGAACUGAUCAUAUGACCAGAGGGUUUUAGAUCUGGUUCCCAGGAGGAGCACUUCUGUUGCACACUGGAACAAGGUACUGCAGCUGAAUAACUUCAAGAAAUAUACAGAAUGUAAACUGCAGUCCAUGCGCGUACAAAAUGAAACUUGUUUUGUAUACAUUCAAUUUGUCUGUUAGCUUUUGAUCUUUACAAUAAUUGAUGUAUCUGCACAGAAUUGUGAAUAUAUGUGAAUAUAUUAUGAAUAUAGGAUGCAGGACUGUUUUGUGGGUUGACCAACUGACCAUAGUACUGUACAUUUCAACAGGACGCAUGUGAUAAUGCCAAAGUCUCCAUUUUACUCUUCUUUUCAUUUCAGAGUGUAUUUCAUGUCAUCAGUGCUGUUUGCUGCACUGUAUGCAU